AUGGUAGAUUGCAAGCCACUAAGCACACUCGUGGCCGUCACACAGCCAGUCACUCCGACUGCGACACCCUAUGAGAAUCCGAUGCAAUACCGCCGCAUUGUUGGGGCCCUGCAGUAUCUGACGAUCACGCGGCCAGACCUCUCCUAUGCUGUCAACCGCUUAUGCCAGUUCAUGCACUCACCGACUACUGAUCACUGGGGUUUGGUUAAACGCGUGCUACGCUACAUAAAGGGCACUCUCGACUACGGCUUGAGCCUGAGGGCCUCCUCCACUACCGCUAUCCAUGCCUUCUCCGACUCCGACUGGGCAGGAUGCCUGGUAGACAGAAAGAGCACCAGUGGGUAUGCCGUCUUUCUAUGUAGCAAUCUGGUUUCUUGGCUAUCCAGAAAGCAACGGACUGUGGCUAGAUCAUCUACUGAAGCUGAGUACAAAGCCUUGGCGGAUGUUUCCGCUGAGGUGACGUUGAAUGUCUCGCUCAUGCGUGAAUAA